UUCUUUUCGGGUGCUUAACGUUUUCUAAGCAAUGUUUUCGAGUGGGUGGUUUCUAUUUCAUUCUCUUACACGAUUUUCUUUGAUGAUCUUACGAGUGGCAUUUUAUGAAGGUGGUUGUUUUUCCUUUUUCUCUUCUCGGUUAUCAAGAUUGUUAAUGCUUUCACGUACUGGGUCUUGUGUUUUCGUCUUUGUUGCAUGUUAUUGAUAUUGAAUUCAUGUUUCUCUUUCUAUUUAUCAUGAUUCUAUGUGCUCCUGCAUUUCUUGUUUCUGUUCUUGUAUGAUGGUCAAGCAAGUUUUUAGCAGUCGAAUACAAGGCAUUUUUAUUAAGUAUUCCGCUGCGGGUGUUACACAAAGCAAGCUAUGUGCGAUCCUCCUCCCAGAUCUCCUCGUAGCUUCGCAACUACUUCAUCUAGACAUCAGCAGGAUCCUCUCUGCCAAUAGCAUUGACGCGGAGUCUCAAAUCGACGAGGACUUCAUGGCGCAAUUCAGCGAGUUUGAGGCAGCACUGCUCAGUGCUCGUCUCGAGGCACUGACUGACUUUAUCAAGCAGCAAAACAAAGAAUACGCGGUCUUCUCGGGCAUUGAUUUAGCGCUCAAGUUGACUACGGACAAACAGACUGAUUACGGCCAACAUCGGUAUAUUGACAGUUCUGCUGGCUAUCUGUCUGAUAAUGCCGGGAAGAUGGAUUGCGAAGUGGAAGCGGUUGCGGACACCGAGUUUAGUAUGGUUUAUUUUUGGCUGAUCUCCGUCCGAAUUUAGAUAAAAAUUACUCUCUAUAACCUCAGGUAGUUGUGAUACUAAUCUAGAAUUGUUGUUUAGCAGCAUAUGAAGCAAUAGCAACGAUAUAUGCAUAUUC